AUGACCGGUGUCUCUGGUUGGAAGAAGCAGCUCUUCACCAAAGAAGAUAGCAUAUAUCUCCACAAGACGCUAGGCAUGCUAUGCUUGGUUUCCUUUGUCUGGAGGAUUGUGCAAGUAGAUGGCAUUACAAUGAAACACUCUGAUAUGGGCUUUGUUUCCCACCCAAAACUGACAGUUCCCACCAUAUUGCUGCAUCUGUUUCUCAGCACGAGUUCCUUCAUAUUCAGGAUCCCUGAACGCCGCAUCAAAACUGGCUACAGAAUCUGGCCAGAGUACAGGCUGCAUUCUCUAGUUUUCCUAUGCCGUUCAUUGGCUUUCCCUCUGCUGCAGUACUAUGAAAACUUGAAUGGCCUGCCUCCAAACUAUCUUUGGAAUGUUGCCAUAGUUCUAUCAAGUGUCAUGGUGGCAGAUAUUGCAUCAGCAUCAAUGAAGUAUCCAUCUGGAACGAUUCGUGGCUUUCAGACAAAUAAAUUGCUCAAGUUCUUCUUCUCAGCAGUGCAGUUUCAUGCUACAGCUGCAUGUCUCUAUGGCGGCACUAGCGCCGUCACACGUCGCUCUGGCGUGCUUUGGAUACACACCUUUGUCAUUCAAAUGAAUGCAUUCCUGAUGACACUCAGACGAAAGAACCUUCUUUCACAUGAAGCUGGAAUUGCUGCUUAUGCGUGGAUGCUUGGAGCUGGGUUCCUGAUUGUGGUUUGGCUUCAUGUCAUGGAAGCAUCAAAGGGUAUGCAAACUAUCCAUGCUAUCACUCUCACUGCAAAUGUUGCUGCCAUGCUUCGUCUGGGUCUUGGCAUGAACAAGUAUGUCAUGUGGACCAUGAUGGGCAUAGUAGUCAAUCUGGUUAUUCGUCCCAUCAUGCAGGGACAGAGCAAUGGUGUGGUGUCCAAGGAGAUGCUGAACAUGGCUGAUCCUAUUUCAACAGCAGCACUGCUUUUCUUGGGGUUCUAUAAGGCUGGUAUGCUCCCCCAAUUGUCCAUGGUGUUUCAAAGAAUCUCUUCAAAGAAGGAAGCAUGA